CACUUAAAUUGGGAACAUACGCAAAUUCGAUUGAUACGUCAAUAUGUAAAAAACUUCGUUCUUAUCUACGUUCUUGUCUGCCUGCUUCGAGCAAGACUCGAACGGUUGCGUUUAAACGAAAGUAAUAUCGCAAUUGUUCUCCCGUGUUAUGUGUCUAUAAGAUAUAGUAAGUAUUGUAUUGGAAACAAUAGGCUUACGUGUCGCACACAACUAACUUACGUGAUGACUCGUGUCAGUGCGCACACAAGUGACAUGCCAUUAGAUUCUCAUAUGUACGUUGCUCUCUUAUACAAUCAAGUGUGCGCAAGCGUGUUGGAUUAUGAAGCGCGGAGCGGCUGAGGAGUCAGGUGCGCGUUCUUCUGCUGGUGAUCCGAAAUAAAAAGAACUUUCCUCAGAGAGCAUCGUUGUGUCGUCGGGUCGUAAAAAAACAUUAGGCGGUGCAAGGUAUUUCACGACUGUCGCCUGAUUCAUGGUUGUCGACACAUAGAGGAGAAACAAUCAAGAAACCAAUUCUCAAACCGGCUUUGUAACCGACCGACGAACUGGGACUGUCGACUCGAAUCGAUUCAUCGUUCUCCUAAACGCUCAUUCAUUCGCAUUACCAUGGAAGCUCUGAUACCUGUGAUAAACAAAUUGCAGGAUGUAUUCAACACCGUCGGUUCUGACGCAAUACAGCUGCCGCAGAUCGUCGUUUUGGGCACGCAGAGUUCUGGAAAAUCAUCUGUAAUAGAGAGCUUAGUGGGUCGUACUUUCCUACCACGAGGAACUGGUAUUGUCACACGGCGGCCAUUAAUAUUACAACUUGUAUACACACCAAAGGAUGAUCGGGAACACAGAAGCUCAGAGAAUGGGACUUUGGACUUGGACGAAUGGGGAACAUUUCUUCACACGAAGAAUAGGAUUUACAGAGAUUUUGAUGAUAUUCGCUCAGAGAUCGAGGCUGAAACUGAUAGAAUGGCUGGAAUAAACAAAGGAAUUUGCCCAGAACCAAUUAAUCUCAAAAUAUAUUCGAAAUCUGUUGUUAAUCUGACACUCAUAGAUUUACCUGGUAUUACAAAAGUACCAGUAGGUGACCAGCCAGAGGACAUUGAAAGUCAAAUUCGUGAGCUUGUACUAAAGUAUAUAUGUAAUCCCAAUUCUAUAAUUUUAGCAGUGGUCACUGCCAACACUGAUAUGGCUACAAGCGAAAGUUUAAAGCUCAGUAAAGAUGUUGAUCCAGAUGGAAGAAGAACACUGGCUGUUGUUACAAAAUUGGAUCUCAUGGAUGCUGGAACUGAUGCCAUAGAUAUUCUGUGUGGUAGAGUCAUUCCAGUCAAAUUGGGAAUUAUAGGUGUUGUUAAUCGUUCUCAACAAGAUAUAAUGAACAACAAAAGCAUUCAGGAAGCACUGAAAGAUGAGGCUACAUUCUUACAACGUAAAUAUCCAACAUUGGCAAACAGAAAUGGCACCCCUUACCUAGCAAAGACUCUCAACCGCUUACUGAUGCACCAUAUUAGAGAUUGCCUGCCAGAAUUGAAGACGAGAGUGAAUGUGAUGGUCGCGCAAUUUCAAACUCUACUUAAUUCCUACGGCGAGGAUGUAGGAGACAAGAGCCAAACCUUGCUACAGAUUAUCACGAAAUUUGCAAGUAGCUAUUGCGCCACUAUAGAAGGCACGGCCAGGAACAUAGAGACCACGGAACUGUGCGGUGGUGCUCGUAUUUGCUACAUAUUUCAUGAGACCUUUGGUAAAACCCUCGAUUCGAUUCAUCCCUUAGCAGGUCUUACUAAAACGGACAUACUGACCGCUAUUUGCAAUGCGACUGGUCCGAGGCCAGCUCUCUUUGUGCCAGAAGUUUCCUUCGAAUUACUAGUCAAACGGCAAAUACGAAGAUUGGAGGAACCUUCGUUACGGUGCGUCGAGCUUGUACACGAGGAGAUGCAAAGUAUAAUACAACAUUGUGGCACUGAAGUACAGCAAGAAAUGCUGCGUUUCCCUAAGUUGCACGAGCGUAUUGUUGAUGUUGUGACACAAUUGCUUCGUAGACGGCUCCCAACUACCAAUGCAAUGGUGGAAAACCUCGUCGCCAUAGAAUUGGCAUACAUUAACACUAAGCAUCCCGACUUUCACAAAGAUGCAGCACUUGUGUCAUCAUUGCUGAAAGGUGCUGAUGAUCACUUGAAGCACAACAAACGUUUAACAAGCAGUACUAUUGUCCCAGUAGACGCAAAUAUAAAAUCAAGCAAUAAUCAAGACGAGAUAAACUCUGUUUCUGAUCAGACGAAGGAGCAAGGACAGCAGAAUCACUGGCUACUAAGUAACUUAUUACCGCAAGUGAAAGCAGACUUAGCUACCUCCACGGACGGUUCUCCAGUCAGAAUGCGCGAGAGCAAUAAUAUUUCGAAUAUUGGCAUCAAUUCAGUCGAUAUGCAGAAAACAUCCCCACAACAAAAAUCAAUUAACUUACUCCCUGCUGUGCCAAUGCAGACAUCCCGAAAACUUAGCGAUCGUGAACAACAGGACUGUGAUGUUAUCGAAAGACUCAUAAAGUCAUACUUUUAUAUCGUACGAAAGUCCAUUCAGGACAGUGUACCAAAGGCUGUUAUGCAUUUCCUAGUCAACUACGUGAAAGAUAAUCUACAAAGUGAGCUUGUCACGCAUUUAUAUAAGUCGGAUCAGGCUGAAGUCUUAUUGAACGAAAGUAAACACAUCGCCGUUAGGCGUAAGGAAGCAGCAGAUAUGCUUAAGGCAUUGACUCAAGCCGGUCACAUCAUUAGCGAAAUUAGAGAGACGCACAUGUGGUAAUCGAAUGCCUAUCCUUACGCCAUAGGAUUUUAGUUGAGUAUAGGUAUUGCAUACCUGUGUUUUAAUGAAUAAGUUAAAGGAUGUAAUUUACCAAUGUAUAUGCCGGACCACUGUACAUAACUCGUAUCUUUCAUGCAAGUAAGGUGUCAUUGAAUCGCAAUGAUCCGUGAGAUAUAUAUUUCAUCACCUAAUUGUAUGAGCAUGAAGGAGGCAUAGCAUUGUGCAUAAAAAACACGCACUUGUGCAACUAAAA